AUGGGGGAGCGGGGCGGCGGCGAGGACAGCGAUGAGACCGUCGUGGAGGGCUCGUUCACGGAGAGUGAUGUGGAGGAAGAGGAGUUCUGCAGGUCGAGGUUGUAUUUUCUUGAUAAGGACGUGGCUUCACCAACUGAUACAAGAAUUAUCAAAGAAACUCAGUCUCCAGAAAUCUGUUUUGUACCGAAAUUUAGUGAUCACACAUAUACUAGGAAAAAAAACGAGAUAAAUCCAUUACCUGAAGAGGCAUUUGCAUCUGACCAGUCUCAGUCUCUGCUGCAGGGUUGGAUAAACUGUCCAUCACUUACUGUAAAUACUUCUGAGCCUGUUUUUUUGCCAGAUGUUGCAGUAGAGGAACAACAAAAUACUUCUGUAGAUAUCAAAUUGAAUGGAUUUCAGAAAGAUUCAGAAGAAAAGAAAUUAAGUACUGAAGAUCUGAUUCCAGAAGUAAGUCCCUGUCUAGAUGCUCUUCUAGAGGAUAUGAUAGUGGUUCCAAAGGACCAGACACCACAAGAUAUAUUUCCACAUGUUUUAGAAGAUUGCCAGAGAACCUGUAUGGCCGUAAUUGACACAGAUAACAGAGUGAAAGAACAUUCCUCUAAUAAUGGUACAGAUCUUUCACUGACAUCCCUGGGGAAGAUUUUCCUGGAAGAGACUGGUGAAUUUGAAAUUAGUGAUUUGUUGAGGUCCUUCAGUGACCCUGAGAGUCUUAAAAUGAUAAACCCAUUGGCUGACAAGUUAGAGUGUCCAGGUUAUGCCUUUUCCAUUGAUGCAUCUGCAGAUGAGAGCAGCAAUGCCCGGCCAGUACAGCUUGUGACAGCUCUGGAUGCCUUGUCAGAAUCUAUAGUACAGCCUGUCACUCCUGUAGUGGCAAAUGAGGGACAGCUUGACACUGAGAGAGAGCAGUUGCAUUCAGAAGCCGGUAUUCCCCAGUUUGAUGGUGACUCUACACAAGUAACAGAUGUGAUUGACCCUCCGCUUGCUACAGCUCAGGUGGAAGAAAUGAAAGCCUUAACAUGUUCUGACUUGCAGAAGACAACAAAUGAGCAAACUGUGGGUGAUCAGCAGAGAGAGAAAGAAGGAAUUUCAGAAUACUGGGGUGCCAACUCUAGUGAAAAGCAAGCUGGGGAGGGAAUUUCACAUUCAGUGGAGGCUGCAGCAAGUGCAAAAACUGCCCAAAAAGCAGUAAGGGAAGUGAUGAAAUUAAAAGAAACGUCUUCAGGAAAGUACAGAGAUCACUUUUCCAGUCAUCAGCAAAUACUGGAAGAGACUCAGCAGGGGAUGUUGCACAGUGGCAUUAUAACAAGAAGAAAAGCUAAAGAUUUGGGUAAAAUUCAGAAAUCUACUUCUAAAGACAAGGAGGAUCUAAAAACCAACAUAUGCCAAGAAACAGCUCUGAAGGAGGACAAAAAGCCUGAGAAGAGAAGAAGCGAGAGAAUCAAAACCAAACUGAGAAGAGAAGCCUUUUGUAAGAAUUCUGUUAAUCCUUCUUGCCCCAUUUCGCUUUCAACAAUCAAUAGGAGGAAUGCUUAUGGUGAGACCUUACUGCAUAGAGCUGCUUUUCAUCAAAAUGUAGACCUUGUACGGUACAUAAUAAAAGUCACUGGAAACGUAAAUGUUCAGGAUUAUGCUGGCUGGACUGCACUACAUAUAGCAAGUCUGGAAGGAUAUUAUGGCAUAGCAAAUGACCUUUUGAAAGCGGGAGCUGAUGUUAAUGCAAGGGGAAUUGAACAAAUAACACCAUUACAAUAUUCAGUUAAAGAAGGCCAUUAUGAGAUGGCAGAGUUAUUACUUUGGUAUGGAGCUGAUCCCUUAUUAAAAAAUGAGAUGGGAAGGUGUGCAUUAGAAGAAGCUGCAGACCCGUCUAUGAGGAAACUGCUGGAAAGCUAUGUAGCAAAAUCCGGAAGUAAAUCAGUAUCAGAUGGAGACAACUCAAAGAAUACGUUAAAAACUCAAAGUGUAGAGGAUACAAAUCUGCACCAGAUUUCCUUACAGACAGAUGAGACAGAACCAGUGUGUUCAAAUCUUACUGCUGCAGACAGCAUGAGCAUACUGCAACAGAUUAUUGUAGAUGAGGUACAAAACAUGUAUACUAAUGAACCUGAAGAUGGAACAAGCUGCACUGAACACACACUUCAAGCAAAUCCAGAAAUGGUUUUAGCAAAUGAGCUUUCAGCAGCUGCUAGUGGUGAAAACGUGUAUGGAAGUCCUUAUGAUUCUGCCAGUGGUGUACUAAACACCAUUGAGCAAAAGUCUCCACAAGCAGAGAAAGGAGGAAGGACCCUGAUUAAUGCAGAAGCAAGUGUUCGAGAAUGUCACAUUGAAACUGAAAAUACUAGUAGUUUAGAGAUCAAGUCUAUAGCUUUACAACUCCAGGAGAAUGACACACUUCAAAUUAGACGAAAGAGAGAGGAUCAUCAGGAAACCAGCCCAGCAGCAGAUGUGCAUUUUGCUGGUAAUGCAGCCAGCAAGUCUCCUAGUUCAUUUCAGAUUGUGGAAAGUAUUCAGGAAGAAACCACCCAGAAAACAGAUGAAGGAGUGCUUGCUGGAGUAAGUGGAAUAGAAAGCCCUGAAAAAAAUGGAGAAGGAAAUACACACAUCCACCUGCUUUCACAGUUUACUGAAACAGAAGAAGUUCAAACUAAAAGAGCAAGAUUAGAUCCUCAGGAAACAAGCCAAAAGGCAGCCUCAUAUUCAAGCAGCAACGAAGCCAAGCUUUCUUCAAAUCCAUCACAAUUCAGUCAAGCAUCAGAACAGGAAACAUCAAAAGAAUCUUCCCUAUCUACUAGAAAAGAGGCUAUAAUUUUACAUGGUACCUGUAAUACAAGAGCUGGGAGAAAGAAGAAAAUUAAGAGAAAUGCAAAAGGGGAGACUCAGUUGCAUAUUGCUGCUAGGAGAGGAGAUUUGUCUUUGGUGAAAGCUCUAAUAUCAUCUGGAGUGUGUGUUAACCAACAAGACUAUGCAGGUUGGACAGCAAUUCAUGAAGCAUCCAGUAAGGGAUUUACUGAAGUGAUCCUAGAAUUACUGAAAGCUGGUGCUGAUGUUAACAGCAGAAGUCUGGAUGGUAUUUUGCCAAUACAUGAUGCUGUUUCUGGCAAUUAUUUGGAGGCAGUCAGGAUUCUACUACAGCAUGGUGCGAAUCCCUGUGAGAGGAAUGGUUCAGGGAAAAGUGCUUUCGAUGAAGCCUGUGACAAUGAAAUGAAAGAACUGCUGAAGCCUUAUGCUGCUGUGGACUCUGCACUUCCUGUUGAGACUACUCAAGUUACAGAGAGGAGAUAUCCUUCUAGGUUGAGAAGACCAAGGUUUAAUUUUUGUGACUACUAUGAAAUAUAUGAUGCAGCUUUGGAGCCAUAUGAGAAGUACAGUGUGGAGUCUCCCAUACGAGAUGCAGGAGAGAAGCAAAAAGAACUGUUGCUGCUUGAAUUGAGAACUUCCAAAGAUGCAGGUGUAUAUACCCAAAGGCUGUCUUGGAUGCCAAAUACUUCAGAUGAAAUGCUUGCAAAACAGAAAACAGAAAGGCAUACCCUUGCUAAAAAAUACAGGGCUUCAGUGGAAUCUUCUGAAAAAGGAGCACACAGGCAGGAGUUAGUUAACCUUGCUUCUAAGCAAAAAUGUCUGUUGACUGUCGCCCAAACCCAGGAAAAAUUAGUGCAGAAAGCACAAAAUUACGGAAGAACAAAGCAAGUGUUUGGUGUAUCGUGCUCAGAGAAGCAAAUCUCAAACUUAGUUAUUUCCCAUGGAAAUGAUAAAAGUCAAAGUUUAACUGCUGAUGAAAUCCUGUGUCCUAAUGCAGUUACAUUUAGUAUGGGGCUUGGUGCCAGCAUGCCUAAUGGAGACAGAGUAGAAACAGACCACUCUUUAGAAAACAGAUGUUCAGGUCAGGAAUGCAGCCAACAUCUAUAUAUCUGCUUGGGUGAGACAGGAGGAAAUAAAGAAACAAUUAGAACUGAAGAGUGCUCUGAUCAUGCUUUGGCAUCUGAAAAUAGGGUACAAGAAUACCGCUUUGACAACAUGUCAAAGCUGACAGAUGCUGUAGAAGUGGUAACAUUACCUUCAGAACCUACUGUUUCCACUGCUAAAACAAAGUGCUUGCAGCAAAAAGACAUUGACUGUGUAGCAACUGCAGACCAAGGAAACAAGUCUUUAAAUCCCACUUCAGUGAGCAAUGCAGUAAAUAUUGUAGAACCCCUAAGCACUGUUGUCAAUAACAGUGUCUGUCAGCACCACAGUGAGGACCUACACAGAUAUGUAAAUAAGAAGGAAGCUUUACAGCAGCAGCAGCAGCAAGUAUUUUUGUCAACAUCUACAGAGACCUUCCCUAAUACUCUGCAGCAAAUAAACUUUCAGAGUAGUGAGAACUUAGUUAGUGCAAACGUGGAGCUUAUAAAUCUUAGCUCAAGCACAGAUUAUCCAGUAUACCUCAGUGAGAAGUCUUCCCAAAGCUACAGUAGUCAGGAAUGCAAACAAAACCAACUGAUUUGUGGAAGAAAAAAAAAGAAGACUCAAUUGAUAGAUCUACUUGAAUUAGGAAAGAUUAAGCCAGGAGAAAACGUUUUAGAAUUCAAACUGCAGGAAUAUACUCAUAAAGCCACAAUCUUAAAAAAUGGAAAGAUCAAAACCAGUAAGGGACAAAUACUGCAGAAUCCAGUUCAUUGGGUUAAAGACCUGCUAGGAAGUGAUAUUUCUGUGACGUGGAAGUAUGUGUGGAAUAAGGUUACGUAUCUUGGGACACAGUUGUCAAAGUUUCAUGUUGAAGAAGGGUCUGUGUCUAGUGAUCUGAAAUUACCAUCACAAGAAAGAGAGCCUUUGGGAAGGAAUUCUGUCACAAGGGACCCCAGCAACGAGAACCAGCACCAUCAGAGUCCUGGUGCUGUCUCCAUUGCUCAGCCUCUUUGGAGCUUUAACCUGAGCAAUGUGCAGCCAGAAGCCCCGUCCUUGCCACACACAGAAGUUGUGAAAACAUCGCUGUGCACUGAAAGAGAAGCAGCUGUUACCAGGCAAUUAAAGAGUUCUUCUGUCCAGUUCAACUCAGUGGAAAGCCUGACACGUUUUCUUCAACUUGAUCAGAUAGUAAUGGUACGUAAAGAGGAGUUUCUUCCAUCCCCUCUAAUGGAAAAGUACUGGAGUUUCUACAAAGGUUGUGAAGAUUUUGGAUUCUAAAGACUUAGAGUGCUGACUUUUUUUUUUUUUUUUCUGUGUCACUUAAAAGUAAACAUUUGAGCUUUUUCAACUAAGUGCUUUGUUACUUAAAUGUUGAUAAAUCAUUUGUCCAGUGCUUGGAAUGGACUGAAAGAUUGUUUGGAUAAAUGAGGAACAGGGGAGUACUUUGUAGCAAGUGAGGAUGUCAAUAUUGAGUUUUGCGCUGUAAGAUUAAGAAAUGAGGAAGGAGAUGAGGACUGUUACACACGCGUGUUCACUGUGAAUUAUAUUCCAGGCUGAUAACUUUGUAUGAAAUGCCACUGAUUUCACUGGCUGCCCAUGCUUGUAUGAACACUGAUAGUCACUUCCUACACCUAAGCCUAGAGCUGCUCUGCCUGAGCCUGUGCUAUCAGAAAUGGCUGCAUAUGCUUGUGUAACAACAAAAGCUGUUAGGUUAGGGAAAAAAUCUAGAUGGGUGCUUUGAACAUCACCAGCAGCUUUGCUUUAGGUGGCAUGAAUAUAUACAAAUAUUUGAGAUGGGGGCGGGUGCUGGGAGAAGUUAAAAGAGAAGUCUUAGCCACUGAAGUGCUCAGGAAAAUUCCAUUCAUGCUCAAUGCCAAGUCUAUCUGAUAGACAGAAAAUGUGUUGGCAUGUGGCAAGAAGAGCAGUUAGCCUGCUUGUAGAACACAAGUCUUUCUAUCUAGUAACAUCUUAGGUAUUCACCCUGAUCUCUAGAGGGUUUCUAUUUGUUUUAAUUUUACAAUGUUUGAAUCUGCCUCAGUAGCGUAGUUAUGACACAUUUGACUGACAUGAAAUCUAUCUGCCUUCAAAUGGCAUUCUUGCUCUUUCCCUGUCUGGAUUAUAAAACGAGAUGAAAUAAUAGCACCUGCUACUCCUAACUCCAGUGACUGGGAUGAGAAAUAUCUCCUGUCAACAUAUAACAACCUCAGCCAGCUACUUGGAGUGCGAAGAGCUGUUCUGCAGAGAUUCAAUUAGUUUCUUAAACAGAAGGUGGUUUAGGGAAGAGAGGAGGGUCUGAUGUGCGGAAAGCUAAUCCUGUGCCCUGGGAUGCAUGAGCAAUCAUAGCCUGAUGGCUGUAAGGAUGAAGAAAUUCAGACUGCCUAGAAGUCAAAAAAAGUUAAAGGCUACUGAGUGACAGGUAUUCUGUAAAGAUCACUUUCCACACAGAAAGAAAAUAAAGCAGUCUCACAGCUGCAGCAGCAAAAUAAACCUGAAGGUUGGUUUAAAGGAAAUGUUCAUUCAAAUACUGUACUUCCACUUUCACUGGAAGACUUCUGACUGUUAAAAUGACUACUGAGUUACUUACAUGUUUGAUUGACAUUUUUUCUUUGUUACAAGAUGUCUAAUAAAAUUAAUGUAUAAAAACCA